UCGGGAAUCUGGAGCUCUUGACAGGAAGAGUUCGUGGAGUGGAAGACGUACAAGUUCCGAUCGGCUGGAUGUACGGAGAACCGAACUAAGAAGGUUCAUUUUUGGGGAUUUAUUUGUAAUCAAGUUCUGAUAGAAUCAAAACGACAUCAAACAGCUUGUCGUAUGAAAAAAUAGGUUUCUGACGAUCCUUUCCGAGAGGAGUUGUUAAUGGCCAGACAGAUACGGAAGUAGGGUCUGGAUGUCACGAAUAUCUGCGAUGGAACUGGGGAGGCAAUUGUGUGGCAAAAUGAGGAAGACCAAAAAAACUGAGGCCAUCAUUUCCACCCCCAUGAAAGGAUUAGAGAUCCAUUUCUAUCUGUGUGACAGUCAUCAGCUGGAGUACCUGAGCGGAAGUUAUUUAGUUGAAGAUUUAUGUAUAGAGGCAGCUAAAAAGUGUGGCAUUUCUCCACUGUGUUAUAACCUCUUUGCCCUCUAUGAUGAAAGCAGAAACAUUUGGUACCCACCAAAUCACACCUUCACAAUUGACGAGGGCACAGCAAUAAAGUUACAUUAUCGGAUGAGGUUCUACUUUUCCAAUUGGCAUGGGACUAAUGAGAAUGAAUCGCUGGUCUGGAGACACUCUCUGCACAAGCAGAAAACCGAAUACGGCCCGAAGAAAGUCCCCGAAGGCACACCUCUCCUCGACGCAGCUUCCUUGGAGUACUUGUUCGCACAGGGCCAGUAUGACUUCCUCAAGGGUCUGGCUCCUGUCCGGAGCCCUCAGAAUGAGAACGAAACCCAUGACAUCGAGAACGAGUGUCUGGGGAUGGCCGUGCUUGCCAUUACACAUCAUACCAUGAGAAAGAGCAUGGCAGGGAGCGCGGGAGAAACCAGUUAUAAGAAAUACAUUCCAGAGACUUUGAACAAAGCCAUCAAGCAACGCAACUUCUUGACCCGCAUCAGAAUUAACAACGUGUUCAAGAGCUUUCUCAAUGAGUUCAACAACAAGACUGUCACCGACAGCAAUGUCACCAUGCAUGAUCUGAAAGUGAAGUACCUUUCCACUCUGGAAACUCUCACCAAGCACUUUGGCACAGAAAUUUUUGAGACUUCCAUGCUACAGAUCUGUGUGGAAAACGAGAGCUGCCUGCCGUACAACAAAGAGCAGCCACUGUAUGAAAUACAGGUGUCUGGGAAAAUGGGAAUAAUGUUGAGGGAGAAACCAAUCAAUAUCGUAUUCACUCAAAAAGAAAAAAAUAAAUCCAGAAAGAUCCGGACGGAAAGUAAGAAGAAAAAUGAGAGAAAGAAGGACAAUCUCAGUGAUGGCUGGAAACUCUUCUCUGAAUUCAACAACAUCACCCACAUCGUCCUUAGGGAUUCUACAGUCACCAUUUACACACAGGACAACAAAAGGAUGGAACUUCAGUUGGCAUUCCAUGAUGAGGCCUUGUCCUUUACUGCCCUGAUUGACGGAUAUUUCAGGCUAACUGUGGAUGCCCAUCACUAUCUGUGCACAGAUGUUGCACCCCCAACGGUGGUGCAGAAUCUUCAGAAUGGUUGUCACGGCCCCAUCUGUACUGAGUAUGCCAUUCACAAACUGAGGCAGGAGGGGAAUGAGGAAGGGAUGUAUGUUCUGCGCUGGAGCUGCACUGACUACAACAGCAUCCUCAUGACUGUGGCCUGCAUUGAGUCGGACAGCUGUGAUAUGAGACCUAUCCGCCAGUAUAAGAACUUCCAGAUUGAGAUGGGGAGCCACGGGUACAAACUGUGUGGCACCGACACUUUCCGGUCCUCUCUGAAAGAGCUGUUGGAGCAUCUCUCUGGACAGUAUCUGCGCACCGACAAUGUCAGCUUUCAGCUUAGGAAGUGCUGUCCUCCUCAGCCACGAGAAAUUUCAAACCUGCUGGUGGUGACAAACAACACAGCCCCUGAAACCCAGAGUCCAUUGCAAGACAGCCAGCUGAGCUUCCACAGGAUCUUAAAGGAGGAGAUUGUACAGGGAGAUCAUCUGGGCCUAGGAACAAGGACAAACAUUUAUGUGGGUAUCCUGAAAGUGAAGAGUGAGGAUGAUGAGGAUGGUUUGUACGCUGUGAACGAGGUGAAGGUGGUUCUGAAGGUACUGGGCUCUAGGCACAGAGACAUCUCAAUGGCCUUCUUUGAGACAGCCAGCAUGAUGCGCCAAGUCUCCCACAAACACAUUGCCCUUCUGCACGGAGUCUGUGUGAGAGACAUGGAAAAUAUUAUGGUGGAGGAAUUUGUCGAGUCCGGCCCUCUGGAUGUUUUCAUGCGUAAGGAGCGCAGUCAUUUGACGCCAGUUUGGAAAUUUCAAGUUGCUAAGCAGCUAGCCAGCGCUCUGAGUUACCUGGAGGACAAGAAGCUGACCCAUGGAUAUGUGUGUACAAAGAAUAUUCUCCUGGCCAGGAAGGGGCUGGAGUAUGAAGGGAGUCCUUUCAUCAAACUGAGCGACCCUGGUAUUCCCAUUACUGUGCUCUCAAGAGAAGAAUGUGUGGAGAGAAUCCCCUGGAUCGCCCCAGAGUGUAUUAAGAACACCAGCAACCUCAGUGUGGCAGCAGACAAGUGGAGUUUUGGCACCACGCUGUGGGAAAUCUGCUAUGAUGGAGAAGCACCACUAAAAGACAAGAAACUCACAGAGAAAGAGAGGUUUUAUGCAGCAGAAUGCGCUCUGGUCACACCAGACUGCAAAGAGCUCGCUGAUCUCAUGAAGCAGUGCAUGAACUACGACCCCAAAAAGAGACCCUUCUUCAGAGCAAUCAUGAGAGACAUUAACAAGCUGGAGGAACAAAAUCCUGAGAUUGUUUCUGGUACCAUGCCCAGCCAGGAAGUAGAUCCCACAGUGUUUGAGAAGAGGUUCCUGAAGAAGAUAAGAGAUCUUGGAGAGGGUCACUUCGGGAAGGUGGAGUUGUGCAGAUAUGACCCGGACAUGGACCGCACAGGGGAGCUGGUGGCCGUGAAAUCGCUGAAGCCCGAAAACAAGGACGAGCAGGACACCAACCUCCACAGAGAGAUCGACAUCCUGAAAAGCCUUUAUCAUGAGAACAUUGUGAAAUACAAAGGCAUCUGCAGAGAAGAAGGGAGAACAACGAAGCUUAUAAUGGAGUAUCUGCCAGCGGGCAGUCUGAAGGAGUACCUACCACGAAACAAACAAAAAACUGACUUGAAAAAACUCCUGAAAUACGCUGUUCAAAUAUGUCAGGGCAUGGACUAUCUUGGAAGCCGGAAUUAUAUCCAUCGGGACCUAGCAGCACGAAACGUCCUUGUAGAAAAUGAAAACACAGUGAAGAUUGGAGACUUUGGCCUGACUAAAACCAUCAAAGACAACGAGGGAUACUACACUGUGAAGGAUGAUCUGGACAGUCCUGUUUUCUGGUACGCUCCAGAGUGUUUGGUCCAUUGCAAAUUCUACAUUGCUUCAGAUGUUUGGUCAUUUGGGGUGACCAUGUAUGAACUGCUAACCUACUGCGAGUCUGAAUGCAGCCCAAUGACGAUGUUCUUGAAGAUGAUUGGUCCAGCCCAAGGUCAAAUGACAGUGACUAGACUUGUAAAAGUACUGGAAGACGGAAAACGGCUACCAUGCCCAGCGAAUUGUCCGGAAAUGGUUUACAUGCAAAUGAAGAAAUGUUGGGAGCACGCUCCAGAGAAGAGGAUUGAGUUCAAAGGCUUGAUUGAGGUAUUCGAGGGGCUCAUAGAAAAGAUGUAAAAACAAAAAUUGUCAACUUGACUGAAAGAGAUACAGCGAACAGGAAGUGACGGACAUACAGAAGACAUGAUCAUUCUACUGAAAACUCUUUUGUGUUUUCCUAAAAUUUUUAUUUCAUUUAUUUUCAAGUUUCUGCAUGUGGUACCCAGUAAAUGUUAUUUUCAAAUACAGAACAGCAGUAUUUUUUAAGCAUAAAACAGAUACAAGGCUUUUGGCAAUGUUCAUCCUACCAAAUGCUCACUCACUUCCUAGAGACUAAAGAUACCUAAAACUGUUAAUUAUGAUAUUCAGCAGGUCAUUUUAAUCUGUAAAUAUAUCAACAUUUUAGAAAACAUUUUUCAUUAGAUUAGGUCCAUUAUUUUUUUUCCAUUUUUUGUAAUUAUUUUUCCAUGUCAAUGUAAUGUGUGCAAUCAUUUGUUUCUUACAAACCACUGGCAUUAAUUUUCUCUUUAUCUGUCUGCUUAAAUGUAUGCAUUUUAUUAAAUAAAGAUAUACAAUGUUUGGAAUAUUA